CUAUUCCCCUAACUACGUUUCUCAUUGUUUCUCUCUCUUCUUUCAUCUCGCUCCGCAUCUUCGCUUUUCUCACUUUGUAGCCCAGUUUUAGGGUUUUCUUCGAUCUGUUUUUGCUCGAUUCCGCAUUUCGUCUCUCGACUUCGCCGGCUUGUGAAUCUCCUCUUUGUUCUCGGAUCAAAUAAUUGAAGUCUUGACCUUAAACUUGAAGGUUAGUGGUUGAAACAGCUAUCUAGAUGUGAAAUUUGUUAGUUCGAAUCGAUUAAUGCUUUACAUGGAUCUGUUAGAUUGGCAAGAAGAUAUAUGAGUUCUGUUUGGUAAUGCUGCUUAUUCGUCUUCUCAUGCGAUUAAUCUUAGUAUCAUCCAGUGUUGGUUCAGUAAUAGCUUCUAGAAAUAAUUAUCAGGAGGUCCCUUGUACAUCAGAGGAUCCUUUGUAUCCAUGCUAGCAGAGAGCAUGCGUGGAAUCUGUGUUUCGGGUAAUGCCCCUGACGAGAUAUUCUGCCGAAGCAUUCGGUGUGUUGACAAUUUGUCUAGUUGGUCUGUUGGUUCUUCUGGGUUUGGUGUGCAUCGGAUACACAUUAUACUUGCGGUCGCGCGUUCUUAAACAAGGCUUUAUCCUGCUCAGUUAUUUCAGUGGUCCUUGGAUCAUCCGAAUCACGUUCAUUUUGUUCACCAUUUGGUGGGGUUUCGGCGAAAUCAUUCGGCUAAAUUAUAUAAGGAGGCCAGGAAGAGUGUUGAAUGUACUUGAUUUUAAAUGGCAAGAGAACGUCUGCAAAUUUUACAUUGUCUCGAAUCUAGGUUUUGCAGAACCGUGCCUCUUCCUCACUCUCGUGUUUCUUCUCCGUGCGUCGUUACAAAACAUAGACACAGGAAUUCUAAGCAGGAAAUGGAAUGGGAAAACAGCAAGCUGUGUUCUCCUCUUUGCCCUCCCAAUGUUCGUUCUUCAACUAUUUCUCAUUUUGAUUGGACCCGAGUUACGCGAGGAUAGGAAAGAGUUACCGCUAUAUUUCACUAGAACAGCUCGAUCGAUGCAAAAUUCCAAUGACAUAGCUCUUUGCUCUUACCCUUUACUGAAUACUAUUCUUCUUGGUCUUUUCACCACCGUCUUGACUGCCUAUUUGAUUUGGCUCGGAAGACGGAUUUUGAAAUUGGUUAUCAAUAAGGGUUUGCAGAAGAGAGUUUAUACAUUAAUUUUCUCGGUUUCGAGUUUACUUCCGUUAAGGGUUCUUUUACUUGGUUUAUCUGUUUUAUCUAGACCAGAACAUUUCCUGUUUGAAGCUCUUGCAUUCUCAGCUUUUCUUGUCCUACUCUGUUGUGCUGGGGUCUGUAUCGUCAUACUCGUAUACUGUCCGGUUGCGGAUUGUCUUGCACUCGGUAAUCUUAAUGACUUGGAGGCUCGGAGAAGGGUUAUUCUCGAUGAUCAAAAUGACACUGCAUCCCUUAUCGCCAAUCAGACUCAUCUUGAUGAAAGCAUUGGAAUCAGCCCCGAGCGGAAUUCUGAUGCUUCUACUAAACGCGGAUCGAUAUCUUUUCGGACUUUCAUACGAGAUGAACCCUCGUCUGGUCCAUUUGUGGAACUGAGCCUCUUUUCUCCUAGCCGAGAUGAAAACCCAUCCGGGUCACCUCCUCCUGUGGGUUGGCCAAUGAUGUCUUCUCCUACACAUGUUCAUGGACCCUAGCAAAAAAAAAAAAAAAAGUAGGCAAGGAAUCUUGAGUAGUUGUGGUGAAUAUCAAUUUUGUGGUAAAGAAAAAAAAACUGAUUGUAAAGGGUUUAGCUUUCAAUAAGGAUUUUUAUUCUUGGGUUGUUUUUUCUUUUUAAUUUAGCUAUGGUUUUUGUUUGAAGAAAUUUAUAAUCACCCUUUUCCUUUUU